AUGGCGGAGCGCGAGCGGAGGCGGCCUCAGCAGCCGGGCAGGGCGCGCGCGGCGAGCGGCCCCUCAAGGGGCCCCCGGCCCGGCCGUGAGGAGCCCCCACCUGUGUUGCCAUCCCCCAUACGUGGACCCAGCUGCGAGAGGCCGGAGUGCUACCAGGCAGAGCCGUCGGGCCUGUUGGAGUGUUACCAGUGCCGCUACCUGUGCACAGCCAGAGCUUGCUGCCAGCUCGUGGAAGUUCUGCUGACCAUGCUGAUCCUGAUCUGCAGCUCUGUGUCCUACAGCUCGACAGGCGGUUACACCGGCAUUCCCAGCUUGGGGGGCAUUUACUACUACCAGUAUGGAGGGGCUUAUAGUGGCUUUAAUGGGGCAGAGGGGGAAAAAGCCCAGCAACUUGACACUCAGUUCUACCAAUUAAAGCUGCCGACAGCCAGGGCAGCGAUGGCUGUGGGCGGGGCCCUGAUGGCCUUCUCUUGCCUUCUGGUUUUGGUUGGUGUGCUGCGGCUGCCAUGGCAUUUCCCAGCCUGGCUGCUGCUCGAAUGCACUCUGGACAUAUUGAUUGCACUUGGCUUCCUGCCUGCUCUCUACUUCUACUUCCACCAUCUGUUGGAUGCCUACGAUUCUCCAGUGUGCAAAGAGAGAGAGCAUCUCUACCAAAGCAAAGGCUACCAAGGCUUCAGCUGCAGUGUGCAUGGGGCAGAGAUAGCAGCUGGGCUCUUUAGCUGCAUUGCCAGUGUGGCGUUCUUGGUCAGUGCUGGCCUUGCUAUCAGGGGAUACAAAACAGUUCAUCAGCUGAGAGAGAAGCCAGUGCAGAUGUAUGAGUUUUAG